CCAACUUCGAUCAAGUCAUCUCGCUCGUAUCAGGAAUUAUGAUAAUUCUCGUUCUGCUGGCCGUUUUUCCCUUCAAUGGGGCCGCGUCUUUCGAGAAAAAAUCGAUGAUUGUGAAGCGAUCUGAAUACGGAGACCAGAAAGUGUCGGCAUCAGGUUAUACAUUUCAGUCAAACGGAGAUGGUCCAGUUGAAUAUUCCAGCUACACACUCGACAAUGGAAAUGUACAAAAUGGUCCUUUUGGAUAUUUUGGUCCUCAUCAGAAUCUACGAGAGCUGAGACCUUACCAAAUUAGGUCUCCUUAUACCUACUACAAUGGUGAUCAGACAUACGGCAAAUUUUAUCAACAUGUACCCAAUUAUUAUCAAAGGUUUCAUUUAGGUUCCGGAACUCCAGUGGAAUAUAGCCUUCCACUCUUCAAAAACCAAUUACACAACUAUGGACUACAUGGUGGAAACUAUGCUAGCAUAAAUCAAAACGGUCGUGCAUUCGAAGGAGCAAACAACCAGAUCGAAGGCUCUAAGGGUGAAAAAGGCUACAAAAACCAAGAAAGCUACGAUAACGUCGCCAAAGGAAAACACCUGGUGGACAAAAACCAAAAACAAUACAGCGAAAAAGGUGGCAAUAAAGAGAACGAUGAGGAAAACAGUGGAUACAACUCACAGGCAUCAGAAUCCGCCAAAGGAAUCAGAGGAGGCUCAUCUGGUGAUUCCAGCAGACACAGAAAAGGCUCUAAGACUACCGGCUUCCACAAAGUUUACCACAAAGACGAAUACAAGAAAGAUCACAGUUUCUACGACGAGAAAGACUCCAGUGGUCAUCACGACAAAUACGAUUCUCACGAUUCCAAAUACGCGAAGGGAAGUGGUGAGUUUGAGAAUGGAAAGAAAAGCAAAGCUGGUCAUAGAGAAGCGGAUUACGCUUCCAAAGGCUACCAUGACCAAGGAAGAUACUUAGACGAAAACGACGGACGUAGUAAAGAACAAGGAAAUUCCGCACAUUUUGACAACAAUGAAACAUAUGCCCAGAAAAAAGAGAAAGAGUAUCAGGAUGAGAAUGGAUAUGCUGUGAGCGAUUCCGAUUGAAAAUUGUAGAUCUGAUGUUUUUGCCCCUUGCAGAGAUGUUUACUAGUCGUGAAAUACGUAUUUUCAAUGAAAUGUUAUAAUUAUUGUUAAUUAUUUUGAUUUUGAUUUAUUGUCAGUUUAUUUUUUGAAUGUUAUUUGUGU